AUGACUGAGGACAACUGCUCCUUGACAACCGAGUUUAUCCUCACAGGAUUUACCGAUCACCCAGAGCUGAAGACCCUUCUGUUUCUGGUGUUCCUUACUAUCUAUCUGAUCACUAUGGUGGGAAACCUUGGUCUGGUGGCACUGAUCUUUACAGAGCAUCGUCUUCACAAACCAAUGUACAUCUUUCUGGGUAACCUCGCUCUGAUGGAUUCCUGUUGUUCCAGUGCCAUCACCCCUAAGAUGCUACAGAACUUCUUCUCUAAGGACAGAAUGAUUUCCUUGUAUGAAUGCAUGGCACAAUUUUAUUUUCUCUGCCUAGCUGAAAGUGCAGAUUCCUUUCUCCUUGCAGGAAUGGCCUAUGAUCGCUAUGUAGCCAUCUGCAACCCACUGCAGUACCACACCAUGAUGUCAAAGAAACACUGCAUUCAGAUAAUCACAGGGGUCUAUGUAGCUGGAUACCUGCAUCCUAUGAUUCAUGUUGGGCUUCUGUUUAGGUUAACAUUCCGUGGGUCUCAUCAAAUCAACCACUUCUUUUGUGAUGUGCUUCCAUUAUACCGGCUCUCCUGUGUUGACCCUUAUAUCAAUGAACUGAUGAUAUUUAUCUUUGGAGGGUUAGUUCAAAUUUUCACUGUUCUCAUUGUAAUAAUUUCUUACCUUUUCAUCCUUUUGACAAUUUUCAAAAUGAAAUCCAACAAGGGCAGAGGGAAAGCCUUAUCUACUUGUGCAUCCCACUUUCUCUCUGUCUCGAUAUUCUAUGGUUCUCUUCUCUUCAUGUACAUUCGACCAAAUCCAGUUAAAAAAGAAGAUGAAGAUAUACCCAUUGCUAUUUUCUAUACUUUAGUGGUUCCUUUAUUAAACCCUUUUAUCUAUAGUUUAAGAAAUAAGGAAGUAAUAAAUGUCAUGAAAAAAAUUAUGAAGACACACACAUAUCAAUUAAUAUCUGCAUCUCUAUCUAAAGCAUUUCUUAUUAGAUUUGCUUCACAUUGGAGCCUCUGUCAGACUGACCUGCUUAUCUUGAAGACACAGCUAGAGAGGCAGGAGCGAAUGGAGCUCAUGCUGGCGAUGAAGACACUGUUGGCAGCCAUUUUUGGGAGCUCAUUCUACCAUGUGGACACUGGUGCUGGAUCAGUCACCUCAGCCAGCACAGUUACUCACUUCUUUGAUGAUUCGGGGGAAAGAGGAGCCCAAAGUGGCCGUCUUAACUCCCACCUCAAUGGAAUCAUUGUGUGUUCUGUGGAACCAUUCCUCCUACUGGCUCUAAGUCCUCUAGGCCAUCAGAGCAUAACAUCUGGGAAAAUGAAGCUAAAAUUAUGCUAG